CGUCCUGUCACUACCGUGUAAGACUGUAAGGUGAUGACAGAAGCUGUUUCCUGGUAAUGGCCCCACCCACCGGAUCUCCGGCUCCACGUCACGCGUAUGACACUGCGCAGAGUGCUGUACGCUGAUUGGCUGAGAUACGCUUUGUGGCCGCGCGUCAUGCGUGCUGCUGAAAGCCGGAACCAGCUCCCGAGCACCGGGCAGCAACAGCAGCCAGCAGCUGAGACUCCGGACACCAGGCCGGGCAGCGGGGAGGCCACAUCUAUCGCACGGUUCCAUAUUGGAGAAGGAUGCUCUCACCUAGGGCCUAGCAUCUGCGGAAACUCCCCCGCACUCCUGUCCUCAACUAUGGGCUACUCAGUGGAGGUUCCACGAAUACGGGGUGAUAUGUGGAGACAGCUGCUGCUAUGCCUAAUGUUCCAGGCGGCCCUGGGAGCGGAGCAGGCUGCCAUGGCCAAGGAAGAGAAGGCGCAGCUCAGGGCACAAGUGCUAGAAAUGUUUGAUCAUGCAUAUGGCAAUUAUAUGCGACACGCAUAUCCUGCUGAUGAACUCAUGCCUUUGACGUGUCGUGGUAGAAUACGUGGCCAGGAACCAAGCAGAGGGGAUGUGGAUGAUGCGCUGGGAAAAUUUUCCUUGACAUUAAUUGACACAUUGGAUACACUAGUGGUGCUUAACAAAAGCCAGGAAUUUGAAGAUGCUGUUAGAAAAGUAAUUAAUGAUGUAAAUUUAGAUAAUGACAUUGUGGUUUCUGUAUUUGAAACAAACAUUCGAGUUUUGGGUGGUCUACUUGGGGGACACUCCGUUGCCAUCAUGUUGAAAGAAAGAGGAGAGUGGAUGUUGUGGUACAAUGAUGAACUGUUACACAUGGCCAAAGAGCUUGGCUACAAACUCCUUCCAGCUUUCAACACUACAAGUGGCCUUCCCUAUCCAAGGGUGAAUUUGAAGUUUGGGAUUAGAAGGCCAGAGGCGCGGACAGGCACUGAAACUGACACAUGUACAGCCUGCGCAGGAACGCUCAUCCUAGAGUUUGCUGCACUAAGCCGUUUCACUGGAAUAUCAAUAUUUGAGGAACAUGCCCGGAAAGCACUAGAUUUUCUCUGGGAGAAGAGGCAGCGUAGUAGUAACUUGGUUGGUGUAACAAUAAAUAUUCAUACAGGAGACUGGGUGCGCAAAGACAGCGGUGUGGGUGCAGGAAUAGAUUCUUACUAUGAAUAUUUACUGAAGGCCUACGUGCUGCUUGGUGAUGACAGCUAUUUGGAAAGAUUUAAUACACAUUAUGAUGCCAUUAUGCGGUAUAUCAGUCAGCCACCACUACUGCUGGAUGUUCAUAUACACAAACCCAUGCUCACUGCCCGGACGUGGAUGGAUUCCCUGCUUGCAUUUUUCCCUGGUCUUCAGGUCUUGAAAGGAGACAUAAGACCUGCUAUAGAAACUCAUGAAAUGUUGUAUCAAGUAAUAAAAAAACACAAUUUCCUGCCAGAGGCCUUCACAACUGAUUUCAGAGUUCACUGGGCCCAACAUCCAUUAAGACCAGAGUUUGCGGAAAGCACAUAUUUCUUGUACAAGGCAACAAGUGAUCCUUAUUAUCUACAAGUUGGCAAGACAAUAAUUGAAAAUUUGAAUAAAUAUGCACGCGUUCCCUGUGGAUUUGCAGCUGUGAAAGAUGUACGUACUGGGAGUCAUGAAGACAGGAUGGAUUCAUUUUUCCUGGCAGAGAUGUUUAAAUAUCUCUAUUUGCUAUUCUCUGAGAGGGAAGACCUUCUAUUUGAUAUAGAGGAUUAUAUUUUUACUACAGAAGCUCAUCUUUUGCCUCUCUGGCUAUCUACAGCAAACCACACACAAUCAAAGAAAAAUAUGACUACACAGUACACAGAGCUUGAUGAUAGCAAUUUCGAUUGGUCUUGUCCAAACACACAAAUCCUUUUUCGCAAUGACCCUCUGUAUGCCCAGAGCAUCCGGGAACCCUUAAAAAAUGUGGUUGAUAAGAACUGUCCUCGUACUACUUCUAGAAUAGAUGACAUUUCUGGCAAUGGGAACAGGCCUCCAUUACGUGCUAGAGAUUUUAUGGCUAGUAACCCAGAACAUUUGGACAUACUGAAGAAAAUGGGAGUGAGCCUGAUUCAUUUGAAAGAUGGAAGAGUUCAGCUAGUCCAACAUGCCAAUCAAGCUGCAAGUUCUGUAGAUGCAGAAGAUGGUUUACGUUUUAUGCAAGAGAUGAUUGAGCUCUCCAGCCAGCAGCAGAAAGAACAACAGUUGCCUCCCCGUGCAGUGCAAAUAGUGUCUCACCCAUUUUAUGGAAGAGUGGUAUUGACUGCAGGACCUGCCCAGUUUGGAAUGGAUUUAUCCAAACACAUUGCAGGGAGCCGUGGCUUUGUAGCCAAAACUGUGCCAUACAGUGGCUGCUCAGAAAUAACCAACAUGGAGGCGAUAAAAGGGAGAGUUGCACUAAUGCAGAGAGGUCAAUGCAUGUUUGCAGAGAAGGCUCGGAAUGUGCAGAAAUCUGGGGCUAUUGGAGGAAUCGUUAUUGAUGACAAUGAUGGCAGCAGCAGUGACACAGCUCCUCUGUUCCAAAUGGCCGGGGAUGGGAAGAACACUGAUGACAUUACCAUACCAAUGUUGUUUUUGUUCAGCAAGGAAGGAAAUAUUAUUCUUGAUGCACUUCGUGAAUACCAAGAGGUGGAGGUUCUCAUGUCUGAUAAGGCCAAAGACAGAGAUUUAGAAGGCGAAAGUGCAGAACAGAGAUCCGGGGAAAAUGAUUCACAGAAACAGAUUCCAGCAGACCCUUCCAAACCUCCAGAGAAUUUAGAGAUUGCACAGUAUGCUGCUGAUGAAACCUCUCCAGUAUCUCAAUCCAAAAAUACCCAGUCUUCCAAUAGUGAUAGUUCUCUCCAACCUGCAAAUCCACCUCGCCAUAAAGACACAGAUAACUUUGGAGAUAAGCCACAGAGUCCUUCAGCAAAUACAGAAGAAUCCACCAAUGAGAGGUGGGACAAUAAAGUUCAGCCAAUUCAGUCAAUACUGGCAGAUUGGAAAGAAGAUAUUGAGGCAUUUGAGAUGAUGGAGAAAGAUGAACUAUGACCAAAACCAUUUUGUUCAGAACUUAUGUAUAUAAUGGAAAUGUUAUUGCAAGCCUUCCCUAAGGGAUAGAGCUCAUUGUGAACACCAUAUUCGAAGGACGGUACUUACCUGUAGCAUUGACUUCUGUAGAUUAUCAAUGGUUGCUAUCUCCAAGGCAUGUCCUUUUCAUAUGUUGUGAUGGAGCUGGUAACUUGGGGUUAUAUGUACCAGAUCAAAAUUCUAUUUUUUAUGAUGAUCUAGAAAGGGCUGGAAGAUGUAUGCCUUUUGGCCAUUUCUGGGGGGGAAAACACAACUAUUCUCUCCUUAACAAGAAGCAAAACAUAUCCACACAUUCCUCUCCUAGUUUAUUUAUUAAAUCAUAAGAAAUUAUAAGAGCAAUCCUCUUAAAUUCUGAUUUAUUCUGGGAAUGUAUGAUUAGAUAUGGACCCGGUAUAUAUGUUUGGUUUUGGUCUGUUUUAGUGCUUUGAAACGUUCUUUACCUCAAAACAACAAUCUUUUUGACAACCAUUUAAAAACAAAACCGUACUCAAUGUGUACAGUAGGGACCAUUUUUAUGUUCUUACCUUAAUCGCAUUGGUCUGUUUUUUAAGCCAUGGGGGUUUUUUUUUUAUUGUGGUUUGUUUUGUUUUUUUGUUUCUUUUUGUUAAAUAAGUUAACUUGCAACCUAAAGAACACAUUCAAAAAUGUUAACUGUAGGCUCUCCGAUCCAGACAAAAGGUUUCUUCAAUCAUUGCGGGAAAGUGGCAUAUGGUGGGUUUGUUUUUUUGUUUACAUGCACUUACCAUGAGCAUGUCUCACAACCAACCAAAGCAUUUAGUUAUUUAGGUGUCAGUCUGCAAUAUUUAGUGUCAGAUAUUGGCCUAUCAGCUGCAGAUUAAAAUAAUUUGUCUACAUUAAUGUGCAAUCAUUGUGGAAAAGAUUUGAUUCAUUUGGUUUGCCUCAUGAGGGAGAAGACUGGUAAUGCCACAAACAAGAGUAAAAUAAUGACUGAAGUAUUAAUAGCUCUUAUGUAGGAGGAGAUGUGUGGUUUCCAAUCUGUUCCUUUUUUUUAACUACAUUAAACCUCUAAAUUAUUAGGCAGCACUGUAUUAAAGGAAUAAUGCUAUUCAUACAGACCUGCAAAUGUGAAUCCUGUUUAUAUUUGCUAUAGAUAAAAAUAAUUAUAUUCAGAUACUGUAUCAGCAACACGUUUUAAGCAUAUAUUCUUAGCUUUAAAGAAAUCUAAACCUAAAAUAUCAAGUGAUUAAUUAAAAAUAAAUAUACGUAGAGACUAUUCCAUAGGGAAACAUGUUUGAGAAACACUGGAAACUGCAUUUGAGCCAGUUCGAACCACUUUUACAGUAUAAUAAGCUGUGGUUUUCGCUUAACCAGUUUAUCAGAUAACAUACAAUUCCUAAUGUCCAAGUUCUAUCUGUGCGUGGAAAAGUUACAUACUUCUCAAUAACACAAAGCUGCCUUCUUGUUAGAUUCAUUUCCAAUUCCUGUCUUAAUGACACUUCGGAUUUUGUUUGGAAAAACCUGGAGCUUUCUGUGAUGUAACCAUGUGAUCAUUAUAAUUUCUUCAUACUCAGUAAGUACAACACAAGCAUCCGCUCAACACGUAUAGAAAUUGGAAUUAAUUUGACCGUUACGUUAUUUGUAGAACUUUUACAAAGUUUUGAACAAGCUCUUAUGUGAACACUUCUGAGUUUGUUAAUACUUUUAACUUUGCCAUUUAAAGUAUUUCCUACUUUAAAUGGCAUUUUAAGUACCAUUUUUAAGCAUGCUUCUGAGUUAUCCUCUUAUAUAUCAUUAUCCCAUUCUGGAAGCAAAACAAGUAUGGCUGCAGUCUGCCACAAAGACCCAGCAUGUCCAGCAUGGCAGAGGAAAGAAGAAAGAAGUAUUCUUUUCCUGACCACUUAUCCCAAAAUAUACACUUCCUUCAAAUAUGAACUGGAUACAAUAUUUAGGUUACAUUGAGCUCAGUAUUCCCUACUCCCCAAGGCAUUUAAAUGCAGCAAAGCAUACAGGAUUACAUGAUUCGUUGCAGGAGACAAAAUCUAAAUACUAGGUUUUGGGUUUUAUGGAAGAACAAACAAAUUGAAAGUGUUUUAUAUGACUUCUGUUUUGCAUGACAUUUAAACUCCUUUUUUUUUUUCUUUUAAUACUACGUAAUACUCCCAUUUGAAUAGACAGUUUCAAAGCCAGUGAGCCCAAGUGGCUUGGUGGUUACAUGAUUGUCUUCCGUUGACACUCUUCCAGCUUUCUGUUCAUGCUUUGUCAUUCAAUGCAGUACAAUUACUGUAGGUUUUGUCAUCUAUAAGUCAUUAAUCCUCAUAUACAUCACUUGAAACAAAGUGAUAAGGCCUGUAUUCACGGGCAGAUUCGGUGAGACCGCUCAGCACACAGGGGGUGAAAUGAGCGACCUGCUAGAUUGAGCCUGCAUGCAGGCCAAUCUAGCACCAGCGAUAGCGACGCGCAGGGCCGUGCAUCGCUAUCGCUGUGGGGGUACAGACGGAGAGAUUUUGCUGAAAAUCUAAGCAAUCUAGUCAGAUUGCUUAGAUUAUCGCUCCGUGAGUACCCCCCUAUACUUCCCCUUUAAAAUGACACAUAUGGAAGGAUUUCAUUUUAAAACUACUAAAAUACAUAACUUAAAAUCAGUUUAUUGUAGGUAUGGUGGUCGGACAAUGUUUUCUAAUUGAGAUAUAUCCUUUUGAAUACUUCAGUGAUCAUUUACAAUGUGCUGUUAACCUGUCACAAUCAAAAUCCAUGGUGGAAACGCAACGAAAUUGUAAUAACGAAAGCUGUAAAUAACUAUAUCUGAACUAUUCUAUUUAAAUAGGCACAAAAUCUAAUAUGGUGCUUUUGUCUAUUAGAGUAGUUGCACGUGAGCGCGCAGGAGACAUAGAAGUUGUUAUCCUAGCCUUUAUCUUUCUGUACUUUUUGCCUUGACAUUUACUGAACCAUAUAUUUUAUAAGAUAGACCUAGACAAGCUACAGUACAUUGGUGGUUUUAUUGGCACAUACAGUCCUGCAUCUUUUUGUUGCGUGUAAAGCAGUUGUUUAACAUUUUUGGGUAAUUAAUGUUUUUCCCUCUUCUGUCUCCAUUGCGCUCAGUGCUACAUGAAUGGAGUUGGCCAACGAAAGUGGUUGGAGCUGCACUAUGCAUUUUGCUUAUUAAUUUGGAAUUAAUUUUAUAACAUUAAUCAGAGAUAAAACAAAAUGUUGCAUAUCCAACAAUUUAGAUUUUAUACACCCACAGGACAGCCAGCUCUCUUGGAAGUGGUUAGCAGAUGAUUGUGGUUAGCAGGUUGUAUGAUUGAGAUUAUAUAUAUAUAUAUAUAUAUAUAUAUAUAUAUAUAUAUAUAUAUAUAUUUACCUGCGCAAACUAUACAUUUCAACAUGGAGUGCCGGCUUUCUCCCCCCCCCCCCCCCCAAUAAAAAAAAAAUCACAAAUAAAAUAGGUAUAUAUAUAAAUAUAUAUGUGUGUGUGUAUAUAUGUAUAUAUAUAUAUAUAUAUAUAUAUAUAUAAUUAAUACAGCAAACAGCUAUUUCAUUAAACUUUCUACUGCCGCGAUAUCCAUUUUUGCAUUAAGGAUAUCGCAACUUGCAAAAAAUUGUAUUCUGUUCAUAUAUUUUGCCCACCUGGUAAAGCCCGCUAUAUGGUUGAGGUUUAAUUUUUCUUUAAGACUCCAGCUACCUCAAUUGGUUCAUAUCAAGAACAUUAAUGAUUACUUUAUCAUUGUAUGAAAUUAGAUAUGUGCAGCAAUUUGUAUUCAUGUUUACAGGUGUAAAGGCUAAGGAAACAAUAUUGUAUUUAUUGACUAAGAUCUUUAUUUAUAAGUACAGUUUAUUCCUGUCCUUUUCAUGAUGUACAGAAAUUAAAGUUUUCAGGGGGUUUUGUUUUUGUUUUAGAAAAAAAUCAUCUGUUUGUCACUUCAAGCCCAUAUGUCUACAGCUGGGUUUUUAAUAAUACAUUUUUAGUUUUAUCUAUAAUUGUGGAUCUUUAUCUGUUUAUGCGACUUUUAUAUGCUUGGUUACACUACAAAAAGUUAAUUAUGUCAAAUUAUUACAAAGCUGAGAGAUUUAUAGUCCUGAAGUGCUUGCAAUAAUAGUUAAACUAUGUAUUAGUAAUUAUUUUGUUUCCAUUGAGGUGAAAUGGCUGUAAUAAGUAAUCAUGCUUUGAACAUGUACGCUCAAGAAAUUUGCACGGAAUCGGUAUAUACAAGAUAUAUAUCCUAGGUACAAGUUCAGGCAUGCUUUAGUCACAGCAUUAAUGAUGGCAUGAGGGCCAUAUACUACAUAGGUUAUGUUUGCUUUCUGCAGAAUAAAAACGUGUACAUUUGAUUAAUUGCUGGAUUUUUUUGUUUGAGUGCCUUUUUAUGUUUUUUUUCUGGAUUAUAAUGUGAGGUUUAUUCCUCUUUCACUGUAUGUGUGUGUGUAUACACAUAUAUUAUAUAUAUAUAUAUAUAUAUAUUUAGAAAGAAAAAAAUAAUAUAUAUAUAUAUAUAUAUAUAUUUAGAAAAAUUAACUCUCAUUAUAAUCCAGCAAAAAAGAAUACAUGCAUUGGCUUGUUAUUGAGUCCUAAAUUAUCAGGAGUGUGCUCCGUGAAAGUUUUAUUGUAAUGCUAGGGACAUAUUUCACAAAAAUAAUUCCUAAUUUCACAGAUUAUGAAUUAUUUCCAGACCUGAAGACUUCACAAUUACAUUAACUUUUUACCUUUUAUUAAAAAAAAAUCCAGGAUAAAGCAUAGGAAUAUUUCAAGUACUGUACAUUCCAUUAAUCUUUUCUUAAUUCAGUCUCUUGAAACCAGUCCACUACAGCUGUCUGUGUGAAGUUUUUGCACACCUAACUAUUGUAUGUUCAAUUUUUAACUAUUUUUAUGAGCCUAGUUUGUCACCUUUAUAUAAACUGUAAGCAUUUUGUUUGGCAAAAGAAAAAUGUACAGUUGCACAAUAUUGUUAUGUAAUGUAAGCCUGGGUUUAAAUUGUAUAUAAUCUUUGUGUAUAUAAAUGUGUAUUUGACUUGAUUGUAAAGAUUUAUUAAAGCACUGUAAAUAUUCUGAA